UCCUUUGCCCUCCCCGAUGCACCGGGAGUCUGCAGACACUGUUCCUCAGGGUCUCAACCAGCCAUGUCCAUCAAGCACCAAAAGCCACGUAGCCACCACCCUGCUGCCAGCUGCAAGCCAGAGCCUCUCUGACCAGGCUGCCAGCACAGACCCACCGGCAGAGAGGACAGGGCAAAGGCAGAACAGAGGGAUGAGGACUCGUCUGGGCUGCCUGUCUCACAAAUCAGACUCAUAUAAUGAUUUCACAGCUAUUCUUCCGGACAAGCCCAACCGGGCUUUGAAAAGACUGUCGACAGAAGAAGCAACAAGAUGGGCAGACUCUUUUGAUGUCCUUUUGUCCCAUAAAUAUGGGCUGGCUGCUUUCCGCGCUUUCCUGAAGACUGAGUUCAGCGAGGAAAACCUGGAGUUCUGGCUUGCCUGCGAGGACUUCAAGAAGACCCGUUCAGCAGCCAAGCUGGCCUCCAAGGCUCAGCGGAUCUUUGAGGAGUUCAUUGAUGUUCAGGCUCCUCGAGAGGUGAACAUAGACUUCCAGACACGGGAGCUGACAAGAAGAAACAUGCAGGAGCCCUCCCUCUCUUGCUUUGACCAAGCUCAGGGGAAGGUGCACAGCCUGAUGGAGAAAGACUCUUACCCCAGGUUCCUGAGAUCCAAAAUUUACACAGACCUGCUGUCUCAAACCCAGAGGAGGCUCAGCUAGAGCAGU